AUGUCUGCUAAAACUCAAAACCCAAUGCGUGAAUUACGUAUCGAAAAAUUAGUCUUAAACAUUUGUGUUGGUGAAUCCGGUGAUAGAUUAACCAGAGCUUCAAAAGUUUUAGAACAAUUAUCAGGUCAAACUCCAGUUCAAUCAAAAGCUAGAUAUACUGUCAGAACCUUCGGUAUCAGAAGAAAUGAAAAAAUCUCUGUCCACGUCACUAUCAGAGGUCCAAAAGCUGAAGAAAUCUUAGAAAGAGGUUUAAAAGUUAAAGAAUAUCAAUUAAAAGACAAAAACUUCAGUGCUACUGGUAACUUCGGUUUCGGUAUUGAUGAACAUAUUGAUUUAGGUAUCAAAUAUGAUCCAGGUAUCGGUAUUUACGGUAUGGAUUUCUACGUUGUCAUGGGUAGAGCUGGUAAAAGAAUCACCAGAAGAAAGAGAUGUAGAGCUACCAUUGGUAACAGUCAUCAAACCACCAAAGAAGAUACUAUUGCCUGGUUCAAACAAAGAUAUGAUGCUGAAGUUUUAUUCAAAUAG